AGCUACAGGAGUACGUGAACGCAGCACAGCUCCAGACUCCGUGAAUAAUUCAAAGCUGCAGAAAGUGGACAACACAAACACUGACAGAAAAAUGUGUUUCACACCGUGACUCUGCUGCCUCUGGCUCAUGCGGAGUUAUUAUGACGCUAUGUGACUGUGCUGUAGUUAGUAUGAAGGAUAAAACGAAGACAAAGUUUGGGAAAAGACUCAAACCUCAAACCACGUCAACUUGUCUCCGGUGGCACAAACAGGAGUCUGUGUCUGGGCACAAAGAAACCGAGUGAGGGCUCAGUUUAUCGGACUUUAUUUCAUAAUGGACUCAGUCGUCUGCCCCGCUGAUCAUUCAGCUUCUGCACCCUCAGACUUUUUCUGUUCUGCCACCGGCCCUGUUGAUGGAGCGCCUGAGGUCGAGGUCAACACGCAGACUGUUGCAGCUUUGCCAGGUCCGGAGGCCGAGGAUCUGGAAUCCUACAACCUGAUCGAGCCUCCUCCGUUAGACUGGAGGUCUGAAUCCUCCAGUGAGGUGGGCUCAGCAGGUGACCUGGAUGACCCCAGUUACCCCUCUGUUGAAAAUCUGGACGAGGCCAGUCCGGAUGAACCAGUAUUACUACCUUCGAACAUGACUGACACUGCAGCUACAUUCAGUGGGAACCAGCAGGAGCUUGUAGGAAGUAUUGCACAACCAGAAGAGGAAGGGGUGAAGGUUGGGGAAUCCCGGGAAGAGGACGCCAUACGUGAUGUUGAGAGUAGGGUUAGUAAAGAGGAGGCUGGGGUUGUUAACAGGACAUCAGGUGAUGAAGACCACAGCCACAUCCAUAGCCUGCUCAGCCAACUACAGCUGAUGGGGGGAGAGCCUCAACCAAGCCAACAGACACCACAUCACCUUGCCCAGCAUCAGUACUCCAGCCUGUCUGAGCCCGAAGUGUGCGCUCCCUCCCUUAUUACAGACGACAGCACUGAAACGACGGGGCUGCUGUUCUCUGAAAGCCACCAGAGAGACCUGCUCGGGAUGCUGCAGUUCACAGAGAUCAGUGCUACACCCCAUCCUGCCUCUCUGCCCCACAGAGGAGAGGUGGAUGCUGUAGUGUCAGUUUCCUACAGCCAGGACGACGCUCAAAUGUUCUGGGGUGGGCAUUAUGGGAAUGGUGAACAGCGACGGCACAGGGACGACUCCCUCGCCUCCCUGCCUGACGAUGAGUAUCCAGAGCCAGUGUGGAUGAAGCUGGGCGAGGAGCCUCCAGAGGAAGAAGAGGCUGCUGCAGAGAGUGAGCAGAGUUCUGAUCAUCCUUCAUAUAAAGACGUGCCUGGUCCAUGUGACCCUGAAGACCUGUUGGAUGGAGUAGUGUUUGGUGCCAAGUACCUCGGCUCCACUCAGCUCAAAUCAGAGAAGAACCCGUCUACGAACGCCCGGAUGGCCCAGGCUCAAGAGGCUGUGGAGCGCAUUAAGGCUCCAGAGGGUGAGUCUCAGCCGAUGACAGAGGUGGAUCUGUUCAUCUCAACCCAGCGAAUCAAAGUGCUCACCGCUGACACACAGGAAGCCAUGAUGGAUCACGCUCUGCAGAUGAUCUCUUACAUUGCUGACAUUGGUGACAUUGUGGUCCUGAUGGCACGAAGGAAACGUAAAGGGCAGGAUGGUGACUCUUCCUCCUCAUCCUCUUCUGCGUCUCAGAAGAAAUGCUUAAUGAUCUGUCACCUCUUCUCCUCUGAUGAUGCUCAGAUCAUCGCCCAGGCUAUUGGUCAGGCUUUUGGAGUGGCUUACCAGCAGUUCCUUCAGGCCAACGGCAUCAAAGCCAGCGAUCUGAAGCCUGGCGAGUACAGCAACUACCUGGAAAGUCAGGAGCUCUACAACGGAGACCUGGCCCACUUCUCUGACUCUCAGAACAUCCGAGAUGUCGUCAUCACAAAGGCUCCCGGAGAGAUCUUGGGUCUGGCGGUGGUGGAGUCGGGCUGGGGCUCCAUCCUGCCCACGGUGGUCGUGGCCAACCUUCUUCACGGAGGUCCUGCUGAGCGAAGUGGCGAGCUCAGCAUCGGUGACCGCAUCAUGUCCGUCAACAGCACCAGCAUGGUGGGUCUACCUAUCACCACCUGCCAGAACAUCAUCCGGGACUUAAAAAGCCAAAAGUAUGUGAAGCUCAGUAUUGUCCACUGCCCGCCAGUCACCAUGGCGAUUAUCAGGAGGCCAGAUCCCAAGUUUCAGCUGGGCUUCAGUGUGGAGGACGGCAUUAUCUGCAGUCUGAUGCGGGGCGGUAUAGCAGAGAGAGGAGGCAUCCGUGUUGGGCACCGCAUCAUUGAAAUCAACGGUCAGAGUGUUGUCGCCACGCCACAUGAUAAGAUUAUCCAGAUCUUGACUAAUGCUGUCGGAGAGAUUCAUUUGAAGACUAUGCCAGCCUCAACGUAUCGACUCCUAACAGGACAAGAGCAGCCGGUGUUUCUUUGAGCACAUCCUGCAGCACCAUGGACAAAAAUACUGCACAGUGUUGAAGCUACAUGAACUUUUGCCAAACUGAGAAAAUAUUAUGCAAUUGAUCACACAGCACAUCGUAAGCUGUUGUCACACCACUGAAUACAUCUAGCUAGUCUAUAGCUAUAUAUUUUUAAGAUAUAAAGUGUAUUGAAAUAUUAUAAAAGCGUAUUUUAAAGUGACAAGGAUAGACGCUAGCUCUUCCAUUUAUAUUUAUCUGAGGGUUAACAUUUCAGGCAGUAGCUGAGAUGCAAUAAUUCAUAAACGGAAUAUUUUGGACUCACUAAGCUUUACAUGCGGAGUGUUGUACUGUACUCUAGAGUUUCUGGUCUUCCAGUCUGGUGUGUUGCCAGCGUGCCUGAGCUGAAUGUGCUUCGAGUGGAAUCUUUAUUGAAUCAGGACAAAGGGCCCCUGUAUUUCAUUGUGAUGUACUUCCAGUCUCUCUCUCUCUCACUCACUCACUCUCUCACACACACACACACACACACACACACACACACACACACAUAUAUACAUAUCAACAAGUGUCUGUCAAACUUCAGAGAGUGCUAUUUAGUCAAGUGCUCUGGUUCAUUCAUACUGUGCUUUUCUGACUGUGCCUGGCAGGAAGCAGAUAUCAUACACAAUUAAAGGUAACUGCCUUAUUUGAUAGAGAGAUACGUAUAUUUUUAAGGGUCUGCUCUUUUGGAUGUUCAUUAAAAUGAUCUGUGAGA